CCUACAGCCAAAGCGAGCCUCUGGUAUGAAACACGCACCAGAAAGUACCUCAUAACUCCGGGAAGCUUCAUUAAAGUCGCAAUUCGUCCUUCCAACAUGGAUGAAUGGAAACUUAUGCCCUUUAACGCUGAACGCAUUUUGAACGAGAGUGCUGUGCUCGACUUCAUUUCCAAGAACACCACAAUUCCGGUGCCCAAGGUCCUGUCCUCUGGAUGGAACGCGAAAGGGGAGGCAUAUCUUGAGACAGCCAAUGUCGCAUGGUUCAUUAAGAACAAGGUGCUGCCGCAGCUUAAUUCCCUUCGCUCGACUACGGCAGGGUUUCAGAGCAAAAUCAUACCGCCGCCAUUGGCCCUGGAGGACGACAAGAGACCGAAGUGGGUAUCGAACGAGUCAUAUAAGGGGAAUCGUGUCUUCUGUCACGGCGACCUGAUCGACCACAACGUUUUGGUUCAUCGGGAGACUCUGCAACCUGUCGCACUUCUCGAUUGGGAGCAUGCUGGUUACUUCGUUCCAGAGCUUCAGAUGUGGUUCCGUUCACGGAAGGAGUACGAUGACCUUUACAAUGACAAGGAGCGAAUGCGUAGGCUUACGGCCCAUGUUGAGGCCUAG